CUUUCCUAUCGCAGCCAGACCGCAGCGCUCAUUUGCUAUAUCUUGUCCAAUCUCAUCACAGUCUUCACUUCACUCUUCUGUGCUUUCGUCACUAUACUCAUACUAAUGCUAGCAUAUAUCCCAGUACAGUAUUAUGAACGAAACACCGCGAGCGAACAGUCAUGGGUAGUUAUUCGUAAUCUGCAAUUUGCUAUACAAAAAAUAAGUCCUGUAAGCAAGUAUGGCAAGCAAGAGCUGGAAGGUUGUCCAGGCCCAUAUGCCAAUGAUUAAAUUUCGUAAGGGCGGCAACGUACAAGUCGUUGCAGCUGGAGCAUUGGCAGCAGGGAAAGCAGCUUCGCCUAAUCCAGGAGCGACUGCGCCCGGUAAAGUUGCUGGUGCCACGGGGCCUAAUGUUGUAGUUUUGCCUACUAUCGAGGAUUUUCAAUUGCCCUUUAGAUUUCAUAGACGAGCUAUUGACAUCAAGGAAAUUGAGUAUAUCAACCGUGGGGGUCCAGAAUGAACAAGCGUGUCUCGUCACUCAAACUACUCUGAGUUUUCGAAAAAGAAUUAUCAAAAAACAAGUAAUAUGUAUAUCAAUGGUUGGUCAAAUAAACGAAACUGUAUAAACAUGGCUAUCAGAUGA